CUCGUUCGUUGCGUGUCGCCGCUUGGGGCUGAAUGCCAAUAAGAAGAAGAAGCAGCGCUUGGCAAAUUAGUUGAUUAAGAGAAAUUAGGUGACAAUGUUUUGCAAUUUAAUAGAAUAAAAAGGCAUUAGCAUAUUGUUUGCACCUCGAAACCAAUGAACAAACACAUCUGCUCGCGAUGGGCGUUCGACUUAAGCACAUGGACGCCCACGCUUCCGCAGCUGACUCAUGCUGUGGCUGCCAUACAACCCGAGGAGCGGAAGCGUCUGAUGAAAUUUCAUUUUAUUGACGAUUUUCUGUCCUCGUUAAUUGGUCGCCUGUUAAUGCGCAAAUUUGUGAGCACGUGCAGCAACGUGCCCUACCAUCAAGUGCAAUUCGCGAGAGAUGUGCGCGGCAAACCCUACUGGGUGCAGGAUCAGCAAACGGCGAGCAGCCCCCCACUCAGCUUCAAUGUCUCCCAUCAGGGUAAAUUGGUGCUGCUGGCUGGUAUUAAGGGUGACAGCAAAGAUGAUGCAGAGUUCGGCAUUGGUGCAGAUGUCAUGAAGAUCGAAUACAACGGCGGCAAACCUCUCUCAGAAUUCUUUCGCCUCAUGCAGAGCAAAUUCUCGCCACAGGAAUGGAGCUACAUAGGCAGACCGCAGCACAAUGAGCGGGCGCAGCUGAAGGCCUUCAUGCGCCACUGGUGUCUAAAGGAAUCCUAUGUUAAGGAGUUGGGAGUAGGCAUUACAGUUGAUCUGCAGAAGAUUAGCUUUGCCAUGGACACUACACACCCGCUGGAGGAGGCCGCCUCGCCAUUGUGUGGGAGCACGCUCUGCUGCAACGGCACGCCCAUGACUCAAUGGCAUUUUGAAGAGCAUUUAUUAACGCCCAAGUACUGUGCAGCUAUUGCAUUCCGUAACUGCCUGCCACUGGAGCAUGCGAAAUUUGAGUUUCUAUCUUUCGAGGAGCUGAUCGAACGAAGCUCCGAAGCCGACCAACCCGAUGUGGUGGCCUACUGCCAGAAGGCGCUACUCAAGCCGCAUAAACAAUAGAAUUCUAAUAGUUUUUGAUUCCAAAAUAAAUGUAUAUAUAUACUUAUGAUUUUGAUAAUCAUGCUGGCGUGGCAAGCAGCUGUUCUCAUACAUAUACCUAUUGAAAUAACAGAGAGCUAAGCCGGAAAUAUGCUUAAACGGCAAUAAACCCAAAUGUAGGAACUCGCGAUUCGCUUCUAAUGGCCACCAGACAUGUGCCAGACAACUUUGUUUGUUUUUUAUAUAUAUAUGCAAACAGGACGAGGCUUGGCAAGGGUAGCGAUUUGGUAGCCAGGUUCAGUGACUUUUGUUUUAUAUAUUUUUAUUGUGUUCUGCCCGAAGUUUUAUCGAUGGGGCAAGUUUUAUGCGGCAUUGAGCCCAACUUGAGCGCAAUUUAGCUCACAUAAAUCGCAGACGAUCGGAUGCUAUAUAGAUGCAUAUAUAUGGCCAGAGUGUUCACACAGUCUUUGGUCACGGCGUGUAGCAGUUAGAAACAAAAGCGAAAUCUCCGCAUGCAGCAAUUGUUUAUGCCCAUGUCCUUUUAGUGUUAACACCCCUAUGCGAAUUGUUUUGUUUUAUU